GAAAACCCACCCAAAUAAAAAAAAAAGAAAAACAUAAGACGUUGGAAACACGUCACACAAAAAUAUUAAAAUAAAAAAACUGGAAACUUUAAUUACAGUCCCAAUAAACUAUAUAAAUAUUAAUCACGAAUUGUGUUUUGUCGAAAUAAUAAAAGAAACACAAAACUAAAAUGGAAGCACUUUAUCAUCAAACAAAUAGAGUUCUUCAAGAAAUUGAAAAAAGUUUCCAAACCUUAGCUAGCGCUCCACCAAAUGAUUUUUCAACAAUUGAAAAUGACAUUCAUAUGAAAAUAACAACAGUUAAUUCAAAUUGUGAUCGAUUGGAUGUGUUGCUAUACAAAGUUCCCGUCACUCAAAGACCAAGUGCGAAAAUGCGAAUAGAUCAAUUGAAAUAUGAUAUACGACAUUUACAGAAUGCCCUAGAAGUCUACAGACAAAAGAAACAACGUCGCCAAGUCGAAAUCGACGAAAGAGAACAACUCUUAAACCACAGAUUCACCUCGAAUCAGGAAACAUGUCUCGACAUUGAUUUUGCCUUGCAACACAAUUCCUCACUAAAUAACGCCCACACUGGUGUGGACGAAAUGAUUUCCACCGGAAACAACAUUCUGGGAAGUCUUAUAAAUCAGCGCGAAACUCUAAAAGGAGCCCACCGGCGUAUCCUGGCUAUUGGCAGUACCCUUGGACUAUCGAAUCAUACAAUGAAAUUAAUUGAAAGGCGAUUUGUCGAAGACAAAUACAUCAUGAUUGGCGGCAUGAUAACAACUUUGCUUGUAAUCAUGUUUAUAAUUUAUUAUUUUGUUUUCUGAAAAUGUUUUUCUAUAUUUUAAUGAAAGACGCUAGAGUCGAGAAAUGUGGCUUAUUCCAACAGUAAUAUAAUUAUGUAUUAUUUUUCCAUAAAAA